CUGUCACAUUUACAAGGUUCCGAGAUUGCCGGAAAGAUCAGAAACCGGUCCUUGACGGAAGCCCAAACAAAACUUUCAUUUGCCCGUACAACCUGCGAAGAACUAAGGCGUUCGCUUUUACUCUCUGCUUUGCUUAUUGUGCUCUUUGAGAUACAAAAGUUCCAAUUCAUCUAUGCUUCGGUUAGACAAGGGAAUCUCUGAAAAUACCUGAAAAUGCUGCCAUCAUCAACCACCAUCCUUCUCACAUUUCUCUUCAUUGGAAAAGCGUGCUCUUCGGACACUUCGGUGAAGGGUGAGGACUGCACCGCUUUCGACCGCUGUAAAUCCGGUGAUCUCUUCCGCACCUGCAGUUGCGACAGUGACUGUCACAAGUAUGCCACUUGCUGCUCUGAUUCACAGAAGUAUGAUUUAAUGGCCUCCGAGAAAGUACAGUAUUUUUGCCACUCUGAUAGAUCCUCAACACCGGUUUAUGCCAAGAAAUAUUGCUCUGAAAGCUUCGAUGGCCAUAAAUCUCAUGCCCAGAUAUGUCAUGAGGCUUCAUCCGACAAAGCUGAUAUUUUGGGCAAUCUUCUGGUGACAUCCACUAAGACAAAAAUAACAUACUGGAACCAAGACUGCGCUAUUUGCAAUAACGAAAAAAUGAAAGAUCUGAAACACUGGGCAGUCCAGGUGGCCUGCCCUUCUCAUCACGGUGGCAUGACUUUCCGUAAAUCUUACGUCGAAGAUCAUUUGACCUAUGAUUUAGAUCAUGAAGAAUGGGGGCUGAAAGUAAAAGAUGGCUUUGUGGUGUGCACAAUCACCUUUUUUCAACCUACUAGGAUGGUUGGGAAAUUAAAUUACUGUGCACCAAAUCUGGUAUCCAGUUGCCCUGAGAAGUAUCCAAACGAUGACAUCCUAACUAAAUGUUUAUCGUAUCAUGCUGAACGCAAACACAAAGAUACAGAUUUAUAUUUCAGGAAUCCCCAUUGUGCCCUAUGCAACGGCGUUCCUGAAGAUGAGCUGGAAUGUGUUGGGCGCACUUAUUCUCCUCUUUAUUAUGCUAAAGGAAAAGAUCUAGUGAAAGUGACGUUCGAUUCUGGGGAGUGGUUGGACAGGAAUGAUUCCGAGAAGUACAAAUGCAGCUACGGCAACAUGUAUGAUCCUUUCCAAAAUCGUUGCAGGAAUUUUCCAGAAUCGAUUCUAAGAGACCUCAAUUUUACUUUGUACCAAUCUAAUGCUCAACAACUAAAGACAAAUAUGUUUGUUUUGUUUGCUGUUGCCAUCACUCUUUGGUGCAAUCAAUAUUAUUUUUAAAAAAGUGUUUCAUUUAUGAAAGAAACAUAUCAAGAUAAUUCGCAGAAAUAUAUUAAGAAGGCCAAUAAAUUUCGAAAUUUGAGAGAUAUUCUAGUUUUUAUGGGAAAUAAUGGCUGUUUAAUGUUUUCUUUGAAGAAAUUACCUGUGCAUCCGCGCAUUUCUUCCAUUGUUCAUACAAAGAUGAUAAUGUUGAUAACAAUUCUCCAUUUGGCACAUCAUCCCAUGCAUUCGUCGUUGUACUUCUUUGGUACUUAAAAUUGUCGCUCAUUAAGCAAAUUUUCAACUGAGGAAAAAGCUCAUAUUAAAAGAGAAUAAGAUAUCUGUGAAAGUGCCGGAAUGUGAAGUUUGGAUGGAAAAUUUGACACCUGCAUAAGCCUGUGAGGCGGCAACAUAUCGCGAGGGAUCACCUACAACAUGAACUUCCUUCGACCAAAGUUUUGAUGAUUCUAAUCAGGCAUGCAAGAUGUAUUUGAAUCGGAUUAAUAAAAUAAGCAUUUUAAUGAAAA